CGACCUGCCAAACCGGCGCAAGAACGUCCGACAUGCUGCGACUGCCAGUCCCUGUGGCCGUGUCUCUGGUGGCCGGUCUUGCUACCGCUUGGCAUGCUAUCCACUCCACGUCGGUGUGCUUCUCAGCUGUGUUGGCCGCCUCAGCCUUUGCCUGCAUUGAGUUUACUUGGUACGCCACCACCACGGAACAACCCAACGGUGAUUUGGCCUUCACGCCGUUCCAGCCAACGUGCCGCGCCGGGCAUACAACGUGGGCACAAUUCUGGGCCAACGUGUUGUACACCCCCGUCCUCUUAUUCACCUUUCGUCAAGUCGUGUCGUCGGCAUUCGUGCGCGUCGUCCUGUUUCCGUGCAACAUUUGGUUGCUCGAAAUUGUCGAAGGGUAUGCCUUGAUGCUGCUGUUUGGACGCAACAUUGCGUGGACGUAUACAACGAACGAUGCGUAUUGCCAUGGCAACAUUCGACUUGGCUUCUGGAAACAAUGGCUCGCCCUGGGCAUCGUGCUGGAAUGCGUUGGAUACCGCGUCCUGGAUACCCUUGGUGAAUGGUGUGCAGCUUCAUGCGUCCCAUUAGAAGGAGUGCUGCUUGCUUUUGGCGUUGCUACGAUCAAGUACGGCCAUUAAUGACAAAAUGACCACCAUGCCAUUCUCACCAUAACGUUUGGACGGUGAAUCUGUGGACAAAUCCUUGUGCCAAUGCGACUCGGCGCUUCAUACUGCCAUGGAUUGUCGCGGUAAAGCAUACACAAUCGUGAACAGAGGUAGUCCACGAUGACCCAUG